CCGCGAGCGACCAUUCAUUGUCGGACGUGCAAGUCACGAUGGAGUUAUCGUUAUUAUCGUCGCCUUUUGUGCUUUUGUUGAUCACUCUGGUCACUAUCGGCGUAAUAAAAGUCAUCGCCAAGAUACACUAUCAAUACACCUACUGGAGGAAACGGGGUGUCCCUUACAUACGUACUAUCCCGGGCUGGAGAAUCUCUUGGAAAGUGUUUUUCCAACGCAUAAAUUUCGCCGAAUACUGCAAAUUUAUCUACAAUUAUGAACCGGACGCCAAGUACCUCGGACUAAUGGAUAUGUCCACUCCUCUGGUUCUUAUACGCGAUCCCGAGCUGAUCAAGGACAUUAUGGUGAAGGACUUCGAACAUUUUCCGGACCACCGCACCUUUGCGAGUGAGGACAUUGAUCCAUUGUUCGGUAAGAACAUCUUUUCCUUGCGCGGUAACCGCUGGAAAGAAAUGAGGAACACAUUGAGCCCCUCUUUCACCGCCAGCAAAAUGAAAGCUAUGUUUGAGCUGGUAUCGAAGUGUUCCCGCGAAUUCUCCGAGUACCUGGCCGAUCAUCCAGAGGAGUGUUCUUCCGUCGACACAAAGGAGAUCUUCAGGCGCUACACCACUGACGUAAUCGCCACGUCGGCCUUCGGCAUAAGCGUGAAUUCCUUGAAGGAUCGGAACAACGAGUUCUUCACGAGAGGAAUGGAGUUCACCAACUUCGCCAGCAUCAGGACCAUGUUGAAGUUCUUGCUAUUCCGCAUGAGUCCGCGACUAACGAAGGCGCUGGGUAUCAACCUCUUCUCGCCGGCUACGUCGCAAUUCUUCAAAAAAGUCGUGGCAGAGACGAUUAAAACCCGAGAAGAGCAAGGCAUCAUCAGGCCUGAUAUGAUUCACUUGUUGAUGCAAGCCCGCAAUAAAGAAAGUUCCAGCGUGCACGAGAUGACAUUGGACGACAUCGUCGCGCAGGCGUUUAUCUUCUUCUUGGCCGGCUUUAGCACGUCCGCGACGUUGAUGUGCUUCGUCGCCCAUGAACUCGCGGUUAACCGGGACAUUCAGGACCGCCUGUGGAAGGAAGUCGAGAAGCAUUUCGCCGAAGGCAAAGGUGAGAUCUCCUACGAGUCAGUAUCGAAGAUGGUUUAUAUGGACAUGGUAGUAUCCGAGACCCUCCGCAAGUAUCCACCGGUGAUCUUCAUCGACAGGCUCUGCGUGAAAAGCUAUGAGCUGCCUCCACCAAAGCCUGGUGGCAAGAACUUGAACGUGGAGCAUAACAGCAUGAUGAUGGCGCCCGUUUACGCGUUGCAUCAUGACCCCAAAUACUUCCCGAAUCCGGACAAGUUCGAUCCCGAGAGGUUUAGCGACGAGAACAUAGAUAAUAUCGUGCCCUACACUUAUAUGCCCUUCGGUCACGGACCCAGGAAGUGCAUCGGCAAUCGUUUCGCUCUGAUGGAGACGAAACUUCUGAUAGCUCAUCUUCUACACAAAUUCAUCUUCAAAGCUACGGAAAAGACCAUUUAUCCUGUCGUAUUUGAUAAAAAGCAGUUUGAUUUGCACCCCGAAGGCGGAUUCUGGAUCGCAUUGGAGAAGAGGGAGAAGUAAAACGAGACGUUGCAUUUAGGAAUGGCUUAUUCUACAAUAUUGUAAAUGUAAAGCUGUUCGAUAGUCAAGAUAUAAAUUGAAAUGGAAAUGAAAAUUUCACAGAAUGUCGAGGCUAUGAUAGUUUUUAAGUCAGAAACGUUUCAAGAGAGUGGAUAUAUCACUGAGCUGAAAGUUUGCGCGCUCAUACAAUAUACAAUAUACAAUAGUUUAAGUGCCAUCGUAGAUUCCAAUUCAUAACAGUAAAAAUAUUUUUACAUUGGAAUCGCUAUAAGUGAUCGGAUUAUAUUUAUAUGCGAAUAAUUAAUAUAUCCCAUUGAUAUAAAUAAUGAUAUGCAUAUGAAAAUAGAAUAGAAUAUUGAGUGCGAUAUCUGGGAGCUUGGUGAAGCUGCGACAAGUUGAUUGACUUUGUUCGUGUUGUAAAGAUGUUGUCAUGCGACAGCUUCAUGUGAUAUUUAUGACAGUUCUUUAGACAUCGCACUCAAUAUUCUGCAUUAUUUUUACAUGCGUAUUAUUAUUUGUAUAUACAUGAUACUGUUUCAUAUAUUUGGAUAUAGUGGUUCUUUUCUAUAGAAGUGGAAUGGUGUGGUGAUUUCUCAAAAAUAUUUCUUUAUUCAUUAUUUAUUUACUAUAUAUUAAUUCAAUUUAAUCUGGAUCAACACUGGGAAAAUAAUUAUGUUAUAACAAAUUCGGAUGUGCUUCUACUCUGAUCUCAGAGCAUGAUAGCCAGUCAUAAUAUGUAUGUACAUGAGUCAUCAUUAGAAUGCAAAAAUUAUUGAGACUUAUCGAUGAAUCUUUAUCUAUUUAGUGAGUCAUUGAAAAACAUUUACUUUCGCACGACACGAUUUAGCAAGCUCGCUAUAAAGUCUUAUAAAUUUUAAUAAUAAUAAUUUUACUAUACAUAUCAUAUAUAAAGAAGACGCGUUUAAAAGAAAAAGAAUAUUAGGAAAAACACAUUCAAAAUUGCACGAUGCGGAAUUAUUGUAUUAGAAAAAUAUUUAUGCUAAUUCACAGUUUCUGAUGUAAAUUUUGAAAUAUUUUUGUUUUCAUCAUGUAAUGAGCAAUGCUUUAAUUAAUUUUUGCACAUAUUUUUAUUGUAUAAAAGCAUCUUGGAAUUUUACAUUUUAUAACCAAUACAAC